UCGGGAUAUAGGUAUAGCAGAUUCAUGCCAUGUCGGCUAUCAGUAAGGAGUUAUUUUAUAGAAAGAUCGACAAAAAUGCACAUUGCAGUGACUUGCAUUACUGGGAAAGCAGCUGCCUCAAAGCAGUAAUCUCACCUUAUUUUGUGUCUAAUGUAGUCAAAGGAACUGCAAAGUUUUUCUUCCCCAUCUAUUUGUUAAAGCUAAUGAUCAACUACAAGAAAAUAAAAGAUGUAGAAUUUAUCAAAAGUUUAGUCUUAGCAGAAGGUACUGCCAUUUUAUAUGGUGUUGGCUUGGGGUCUUUAGUGAUAGCCACACUUUGCACGCUAAGAAAAAUAUUUGGGAGGAUCCACUAUUACAAUGUGGUCGUUUUUCCUGGAAUAGUCUCCGGUUUAUCCUUACUAAUUGAAACAAAGGAAAAUCAAAUCUUGAACACCCUAAUAUUUUUUAAUUCGUUUGUAGAAACUUUAUUAAAUGAUGUCAACUUUUCGCUCUUCGAAAUAACAGAAACUAGGGAAGUUUUAUUGUUUAUGGCAGUCAGUGCCGUCUUGAUGUAUCUUUUGGAAAACCGAACAAAUGAACUGAACAUGAUAUAUUUUUGGUUUUAUACUCCACCCAGGAGGAAAAUUGUCGAUAAACCUGAUGAGGAAAAAGCCUGCGAUCAUCCCAGCAGCUGUUGGAAGUUUUGGAAAGAUGGAUUCGUGAAAUACUUCUCCUUAGGGUAUCUUGUAAAUGUGGUUCGAGGAGCAAUUCCCAAAAUAGGAAAGUUAGCUAGAAAUCCUCGGACUUUUAUUAAUUUAUUAUUGAGCACAUCCAAUGUUAAAUUUGGCCUAUUCAUAGGUGGCUAUGUGGCGGUAUACAGGAUGUUAACUUGUUACUUACUCAAGUGGGGCAAAAUAAGAAGGAAAUUUCACGGUUUAUUAGCUGGACUUCUUUCUGGAUUAACAUAUGCCAUCUCGCCAAAUAUUCAAGUUGUAGUUGUAGGAAUUACCACAAUUUUACAGAUUCUCUAUGCCAAGCUGAGCGAUAGAUUGAAUAUAAAGAACAACUUUUGGCCACGACAGCUGUUGUAUAUGGUCUGCCAUGGAGUGCUUUUACACAAGAAGAUAUUUUACCCAAACCUUUGUUCUUCGUACUACAGUAAUAUGAUCGACGCCUGUACGAAUAAUGUGAUUCCUCAGAUAUAUGAAAGGAUUAUAUCAAAAUACUUCUUUGAAGAAAUUGGUAGAAAGCACGCCUUCAAGUACAUCGGUAAAGCUUAAUUUUCAAGCGCAAAUUAUUUGUAACGUGUAUGUAAUUAAUAAUGGCAAUAAAAAACAAAAAUAUA